GCCUACCGGACACCGGCGCCGGAAGGUCAGCGUGUGAAGGAGUCUGUAGUAACGUGAGUCCAACUACCUGCUGCUCUCAAGGAGCAACAGCAGGACGUCCCCGGUCUGAGGUAGAAGCGCAGUUUGCUGCGAGACCAUGGAGGGCGGCGGGGGAAGCGGCAACAAAACCACAGGGGGCUUGGCCGGCUUUUUCGGAGCGGGCGCACCUGGUUACUCGCACGCGGAUUUGGCCGGCGUUCCGCUGACUGGUAUGAAUCCUCUCUCACCUUACUUAAAUGUGGAUCCACGGUAUCUUGUGCAGGAUACAGAUGAGUUUAUUUUACCAACUGGAGCUAAUAAAACCCGGGGCAGAUUUGAACUGGCCUUCUUUACUAUUGGAGGAUGUUGUAUGACAGGGGCUGCAUUUGGGGCAGUGAAUGGUCUACGGCUAGGAUUGAAAGAAACCCAGAACAUGGCCUGGUCCAAACCAAGAAAUGUACAAAUUUUGAACAUGGUGACCAGGCAAGGGGCACUUUGGGCUAAUACUCUAGGUUCUUUGGCUUUGCUUUAUAGUGCAUUUGGUGUCAUCAUUGAGAAAACACGAGGUGCAGAAGAUGACCUCAAUACAGUAGCAGCUGGAACCAUGACGGGCAUGUUGUAUAAAUGUACAGGUGGUCUUCGAGGGGUAGCACGAGGUGGUCUAGCAGGACUAACACUUACUAGCCUCUAUGCACUAUAUAAUAACUGGGAGCACAUGAAAGGCUCCUUGCUCCAACAGUCACUCUGAAGAUUUUGCCAACCUGCAAAUGGAGGACACUUUAGUCGUUAUCCAGAUCAAUUUAUGAGUUAGUGUAGAGUUCUCUUAUACCUACAAUUAGGUUGAAAAAUUGUGCAGAUACCAAUUUGCUGUGAUGAAGAUUGUUGACCAGACUGGCUGUCCUUCCAGCCAUUAAUGAAUUGAAGCCAAAACCCUUUGGUGGCUGAGUAGUAACAUGGUUAUCUCUGAAGAUCUUGGACCUGUUCUCUUUCCUACCUGCUGAACGGAAACCUACUUACUCUCAUCAUUCAGUUUGUUCAAUACCAUAUCACCACAUUUGUUCAUUCAAUGAUCAAAAACUGUAAUGUUGUCCUGCGUUCCCAAUAAAGGGUGAAAACAGAA